GGAACCAUUCUCCACAUCUGCCAAAUCACUCCCAAUUGCUGGUGCAGUUCCUUCGUGCAGUUUGGCUCUUCUUCCUUUUAUUUGGAGCCUGUAAAUUCCCCCCAUCUCCUUGUGUACUUCAUCCAAGCCCUUCUCUUGUCAUCAUCAGUUGUUGCAAUGUUGAUACUCGGAAAAAGAGUCUUGUUCCGUUCAUGAUCACGUUUGUUGAGGCUUUCUCCUUCUUUGUCGGUUGUUUUUCUUCCUCGUGACACGCGAUUUUAAGUCUCUUGUUUUUUUAUCAAUCGACGGCCCUUUUUUGGUGGUCUAGCUGUUCUCUGGGAAGUCCCGACCUGUCCCCUUUCCCCCUUUGUUUGUUGUCUUCCCGUUUGGGGUUGCUGUCUCUUUCCUGGCUCUUGAUUAAUUAAAGGCCAUUUCUGUGCAAACUUGUGAUCUUUUUUUCAUUUUAAUCAGUUGGGAGUUUCUUUCGAUGCAAAUCACCCUUUUGAAUGUUUUAAUGAAUCGAAGCAAGGACUUGGGGAAGCGAAGCUCCUACCAAUUGGGUACCUUAUUGGUGGAAAGACCAAUUUAGUUUCCUCUUUUUUAAUUUUUUUUUCCUGGAAAUGAACUCCUAUUUUCGAGUGGAGGGGCCUUCGUUGAGUUCAUCACAUUCCUAUUGUUUACCUAUCUAAACAAUUUCGCAGUUUUCUUGUCUCUCUCUGAGCCAAUCAUUUUCUCCAAGAGUUCAAAUAUUUCUUUAGAAUCUUCGAUGGGUAGCAACGUGGUGAUAGUUUUCUGAGAUUUUUGAGCUUAGCUGUGAAAAUCUCCAUUAACAGUGGAUUUGUGAACAAGCAAAGCAAAGAGUUUCAGAAGGCAGGAUCAGGGAAAACACAAAAUGACAAUUGCAUCUCUUCCUGGUAGUUCAGGCUUGCUGGAUCCUCCUCCUCCUCCUCGGGAGGGUGUGUCAGUUUUUAGUAAUCGUUAUGUCCUUGGCUUGACACUUACUGCUGGUAUAGGUGGUCUGUUGUUUGGGUAUGAUACAGGUGUCAUCUCCGGGGCACUCCUUUACAUCCGUGAUGAGUUUGAAUUGGUGAAUGAUAGCACCCUUUUACAGGAAACGAUUGUAAGCAUGGCCUUGGUUGGUGCGUUCAUAGGUUCAGAUGGGGGAUGGAUAAAUGAUGCUUAUGGCCGUAAAAAGGCAACUCUUCUUGCUGAUAUGGUCUUUAUAGUAGGUGCAAUAUUCAUGGCAGCUGCACCAAAUCCAUACGUUCUUAUUUUUGGAAGGUUGCUCGUUGGCUUGGGUGUUGGCAUUGCUUCUGUUACUGCUCCAGUAUAUAUAGCAGAAGCUUCUCCUUCUGAAAUAAGAGGAGGCCUUGUCAGUAUGAAUGUGCUGAUGAUUACUGGUGGACAGUUUGUUUCUUAUGUUGUGAACUUUGCUUUCACUGAGGUCACUGGAACAUGGCGUUGGAUGCUUGGGGUAUCUGCUGUUCCAGCUGUCUUACAACUUUUUCUGAUGCUCUUCUUGCCUGAGUCCCCACGAUGGCUUUUCCUGAAGAAUAAGAAAGAGGAAGCUGCUGUGGUACUUCGGAAGAUAUACAGUCCAGAUCGUUUGGAAGAGGAGAUGGAUGAAUUGUCUGCUUCAGCUGAUGCUUGUCGGCAAAAGAAUUCCAUAGGCUACCUGGAAGUUUUCAGGACAAAGGAGGUGAGACUUGCACUCUUUGCUGGCGCGGGACUUCAGGCUUUUCAGCAAUUCACAGGAAUUAAUACUGUGAUGUACUACAGCCCAACCAUUGUGAAGAUGGCUGGAUUUUAUUCUAAUAGAUUGGCAUUGUUCCUCUCAAUGAUUGUUGCUGGAAUGAAUGCAGCAGGAACAGUUCUUGGAAUAUAUCUGAUUGACCGUGCUGGAAGGAGAAAGUUGGCUCUAGUUAGUUUAGCUGGUGUAUUUAUAUCACUUUGUCUGCUCUCGGGUGCAUUCUUCUUUCAGUCAGAUGGGCUAUCCGCUAAUCCUACCAUGACAAGUAGUGGUGGCUGGUUUGCAAUCAUUGGUUUAGUUCUCUAUAUUGCUUUCUUUGCGCCUGGAAUGGGUCCAGUUCCUUGGGCAGUAAACUCCGAGAUCUAUCCAGAAAAAUAUAGAGGUACCUGUGGUGGAAUAUCAGCAACUGUCAACUGGAUCUCAAACUUGAUUGUAUCAGAAACCUUUUUGUCAGUUGUUGAAGCGAUCGGGGCAUCUGGAACAUUUCUGCUGCUUGCAGGAAUUGCAGUGCUCGCACUCAUUUUUGUUGCCAUCUUCGUGCCAGAGACUAAAGGUCUAAGUUUUGAGCAGGUGGAGAGGCUAUGGAAAGCAAGGGCAACUGAUAGCUCUAGCCAUCUGCAAUGCCUUCUGGAAGCAGGCCAGGAAGCGUAAAUGGUAAAUACUGGAGCUUUUUAGGACAAAAUCAGGAGGAUGGAAGUGCCAAAACCUUGGGCGCUGUAGAAGAAUCCGUUCAGCAGAUCAAGUAGCGCGUUAUUUUCUGCACACAUGAAUUAAGGAAGCUUUUUCUUCCAUAUUUUUUUAUUGUUAAAUACAACAUUCGUGGCUGGAUUCAUCCAGACAAGUACAGUGCAUGAAAUAUUUCAUUGCUGCUCAGAACUCUAUGUCUCUC